AAUUCUCUGUACACGGCGCCAUUUCGGAGUUCGCCAUAAAAUUAGAAAUCGGUUUUUCGUAAAAAUUUGACAAAUUUGCCCUUCUUGCGCCAGGUCUCACGAAUUUCACCGAAGUUCACAAAUUUCAAGUCCUGAUCUUGAAGGCCCUAUCGUUCUGUAUUUGUUGCCUUCCAUCCACAGCUUUCGAAUUUCAAUUGAUCGCGAGUCGCUGACACAUUGCGGGCACACGAUGGAGAAAGCGCCCAGUGUUCCCCAGUUUACCAAGUCGCAGAUGGGCGGCGAUGUGAUGAUCCUGGAGGGCUACGAGUAUCUGCGUGACGCCAUCGGUGGCUGGCGGUGCCGGCGCGUCUCAGGGCCGACCAAGUGCAGUGUACGACUGCGUCUGCAGGAUAAUGUGGCCGUCCUCAGCAAGGACCACAACCACGGACCGCAGCGGCCUGCGCUGGCCACGGCCGAGACGCCCGUGGCUAACGGCCUCAAGACGCCGGAGAAGAAGAUCGAUAAACUGAUGGAGAAACCGCAGGCCCGUUCGGCGCAGCCGGCGGAGGAGGAAUUCAGUGCGGAACUGCCGCCAGCGCUGGCCGUGACGACCGCGGACCACGUCGUCAAUGGCACCGUUAGCGCCAAGGCCAAAGGGAGUAUGGCUCGCCGUCCAGCAAGACCCCGCGCUCCGCGUUUCAAGGGGAGAAAGGCGCCCAAGAAGGGCUUGAAGAAAACGCCUGCCAUGCCAGUUAUGUCAUCAUACAGCACUCCGCGCGUGGCCGGGACGUCGACUGCGCAACAUUCAGCGACACGCAUGGAGAGUAUGGAUUUGAUGCCGCCUUAUCCGCCGUCUGCUCCGCGAUCCUCCCGAAAAAUGGCCAACGGUGUGCAAUCGAGUGCUGCUCAGAAUGGUGUCGCCGGCGCCCCGCUUUACGAUGAAGCGAAAUUUGUUCUGUACAUUGCGGCCAUGUUGGAGAUGCUGUCGACGGAGCAGAAACAGCAGUACAUGCACGCCAUUCGUAAGACGAUCGUCCAGCUGGACAUGCAGGCGGUGGAUGGUCACGGGGAUGUGCAGAUGCAGGAGUACGAGUAGGAUGGAUUGGAUUGCGGGAUUCUACGCUCACCGUUUUACGCCUUUUCCCACGGAGUAGCCUCGCAGGAAUCUGUAUUUUGGCCGACAUUUUUCCCUCUACGCAGCUGUUUGGCGAUUGUUUCUGUUGAAAUAUGGGUCUCAUUUUUCUCGAAAUUCCUGCCCAGAAUGCACAUAUCGCUGUAAAUUAUAGCAUGGACGCUGUGGAUAUUUCAUAUUGCGAGUAUGUAUGUUACAGUAUGUUUGUAAUCUCUGCUUUUUAUUUAUGUCUCAUGCGUAUGCUUCCUGCCGAUUUUUAUUACGAUUUUGAACACGGUUUUUUAGGGAUUUCGAAGUUUUUGUAUAGCUAUGAUGGUUUUACCUGUCAGGAAUCAGUUAAAAUAUUUGUUCUUUGUCAAUGCCCCCUGUUUUGGGAUGGACUGAUCAAUGAAUAAAAUAAAA